UUUACAUGUGUUUCUCGCUGAAACUCUCAGAAAUUGCGAACGUAUUUUGCAUAUCGACGGAUAGAAAUUUAAUAAAGAAAAGAGGAGAAAAUGGAAAAUAAUGAAGAUAAUUUAUAUGCUUUUAAUGAAGAGGAUUUACCAUACGAAGAAGAAAUUUUACGAAAUCCAUAUUCAGUCAAACAUUGGCAACGCUAUAUUGAUCACCUAAAAAAUUCGAAAAGUAAGAAUUUAAAUGUGGUGUAUGAACGAGCAUUGAAAGAACUCCCAGGCAGUUAUAAAUUAUGGUAUAAUUAUCUUCGACAACGUGUAAGCCAGUUAAAAGAUCGAUGUAUAACAGAUCCAUUGUAUGAAGAUGUUAAUAAUGCGUUUGAGCGUGCUUUGGUAUUUAUGCAUAAAAUGCCACGCAUAUGGAUGGAUUAUUGUACACUAAUGACUGAACAAUGUUAUAUAACACGAACACGUCAAGUAUUUGAUCGUUCUCUUAGAGCUCUUCCCAUCACGCAGCACCAUCGUAUAUGGCCAUUAUAUAUUAAUUUCUUAAAGAAACAUAAUGUUUAUGAGACUGCUGUCAGGGUAUUUAGAAGAUAUUUAAAGUUGGCUCCAGAAGAUACAGAGGAAUAUAUAGAAUAUCUAAUAUCAGUUGGUAGACUUGAUGAAGCUGCUGUAAAACUUGCACAAAUUGUCAAUCAAGAUGAUUUUGUAUCAAAACACGGGAAAUCUAAUCAUCAAUUAUGGAAUGAAUUAUGUGAUUUAAUAUCAAAAAACCCUGCCAAAAUAAAAUCCCUGAAUGUAGAUGCUAUCAUUAGAGGUGGUUUAAGACGUUAUACAGAUCAAUUGGGACCUUUAUGGAAUUCACUAGCUGAUUACUAUGUUCGAAGUGGUCUUUUUGAGAGGGCAAGAGAUAUUUAUGAAGAAGCUAUACAAACUGUUACUACCGUCAGAGAUUUUACUCAAGUUUUUGAUGCUUAUGCACAAUUUGAAGAACUUAGUCUUAAAAAACUUAUAGAAGAAGCAGCAAAAAAUCCUACUGAAGAAGAUGAUAUAAAAUUAGAAUUGAGGCUGGCACGAUUAGAACAUCUUAUGGAAAGGAGAUUAUUAUUACUCAAUUCUGUAUUACUACGACAAAAUCCACAUAAUGUAGCAGAAUGGCACAAAAGAGUUAAACUCUAUGAGGGACAACCACAUGAGAUAAUUAAUACAUACACAGAAGCAGUGCAGACAGUGCAGCCACAAUUAGCAGUUGGUAAAUUGCAUACAUUGUGGGUUGCAUUUGGCAAAUUUUAUGAAGAAAAUGGACAAAUAGAAGAUGCUAGAGUGGUAUUUGAAAAGGCGACUCAUGUCCCAUAUACCAAGGUAGAUGAUCUUGCUUCAGUGUGGUGUGAAUGGGCAGAAAUAGAAAUUAAACAUGGAAAUUGUAAAGAAGCUUUAAAACUCAUGCAUCGUGCUACUACAAUGCCAGCUAGAAAAGUGGCAUAUCAUGAUGAAACAGAAACAGUACAAAUGAGAUUAUACAAAUCUUUAAAAGUAUGGUCUAUGUAUGCAGAUUUAGAAGAAAGUUUUGGAACAUUUAAGACUUGUAAAGCAGUAUAUGAUAAAAUAAUCGACUUGAAGAUUGCAACUCCUCAAAUUAUCAUUAAUUAUGGAUUAUUUCUCGAAGAAAACAACUACUUUGAGGAAGCAUUUAGAGCAUAUGAAAAAGGUAUUGCAUUAUUUAAAUGGCCUAAUGUCUAUGAUAUUUGGAAUACAUAUCUCACAAAAUUUUUAACUCGAUAUGGUGGUACGAAAUUAGAACGUACCAGGGAUCUGUUCGAACAAUGUUUAGAACAUUGUCCACCAAAAUAUGCUAAAGCCUUAUAUUUACUGUAUGCAAAAUUAGAAGAAGAACAUGGUUUAGCAAGACAUGCUAUGUCUGUGUAUGAGCGAGCGACAAAUGCUGUUCUUCCGGAAGAAAGAUUUGAUAUGUUUAACAUAUAUAUAAAGAAAGCAGCAGACAUAUAUGGGGUGCCGAAAACGCGACAAAUAUAUGAAAAGGCCAUAGAAGUUUUAAAUGAUGAGAAUACUAGAGAAAUGUGUCUACGAUUCGCAGAAAUGGAAACUAAAUUAGGAGAAGUAGACAGAGCGAGAGCGAUAUAUGCACAUUGUAGUCAAAUAUGUGAUCCAAGGGUCACAUCAAAAUUCUGGCAAAUUUGGAAAGAAUUUGAAGUUAGGCAUGGAAAUGAGGAUACAAUGCGUGAAAUGCUUCGAAUUAAGCGUAGUGUGCAAGCUAUGUAUAAUACUCAAGUAAACAUGAUGUCUGCACAAAUGUUAAAUAAUGCAGCUAAUCAAAUAUUAGAUGUUCCAAUGGAUGCUAUGCGUUUAUUAGAUAGUAAAAUUACAUCAAAUACAGAGAAUGCUGCUGAUCUCAAAGGAGGUAUUAAAUUUGUACGUGGUAUAACAGAAAAAGAUGGUAAACCAGAAUCUUAUGUGAAUAAUCCAGAUGAGAUUGAUAUCGAUAUGGAUGAUGAAAAUGAGAACGAUGAAGAAAUAGAAGAAGAUGUACCAAUUGAAAAACGAACUAUACCAUCUCAAGUAUUUGGUAGUUUGAAAACAGUCGAAGAUGAAGAUGAUUAAAAUUUAAUAGGCAGUAUGACAAUUGAACAAAAUCUGUAACAAUUAUAAAC